CACCCGCCCCGACACCCACGCCGGCUCUCCAGCCCGCCCGAGCGAGACCCGGGAUGGCCGCGGCCAAGGCCGAGAUGCAGCUCAUGUCCCCGCUGCAGAUCGCCGACCCCUUCGGCGCCUUCCCGCACUCGCCCACCAUGGACAACUACCCGAAGCUGGAGGAGAUGAUGCUGCUGAGCAACGGCGCCCCCCAGUUCCUCGGGGCUCCCGGGGCCCCCGAAAACAGCAGCGCGGGCGGCGGCAGCAGCGGCAGCAACAGCGGCGCCGGCGCGGGCGGAGGGGGCAGCGCCAGCAGCGGCGGCGGCGCCUUCAACCCUCCAGGGGAGGCCGGCGAGCAGCCCUACGAGCACCUGACGGCAGAGUCUUUCCCUGAAAUCGCUCUGAAUAAUGAGAAGGCUCUGGCGGAGACCAGUUACCCCAGCCAAACCACCCGGCUGCCGCCCAUCACCUACACGGGCCGCUUCUCUCUGGAGCCGGCCCCCAACAGUGGCAACACCCUGUGGCCCGAGCCCCUCUUCAGCCUGGUCAGCGGCUUGGUGAGCAUGACCAACCCACCGGCCUCCUCCUCUUCUGCACCGUCGCCGGCAGCUUCGUCCUCUUCCUCAGCCUCGCAGAGCCCGGCCCUGAGCUGUGCAGUGCAGUCCAGUGACAGCAGCCCCAUCUACUCGGCAGCACCCACUUUCCCGACGCCUAACACGGACCUCUUCCCCGAGUCCCAGAGCCAGGCCUUUCAGGGCUCAGCGGGCACGGCGCUCCAGUACCCGCCUCCUGCCUACCCUACCACCAAGGGUGGCUUCCAGGUCCCCAUGAUCCCUGACUACCUGUUUCCACAACAGCAGGGGGACCUGGGCCUGGGCACCCCAGAGCAGAAGCCCUUCCAGGGCCUGGAGAGCCGCACUCAGCAGCCUUCGCUCACUCCGCUGUCCACCAUCAAGGCCUUUGCCACGCAGUCGGGCUCUCAGGACCUGAAGGCCCUCAACACCUCCUACCAUUCCCAGCUGAUCAAGCCCAGCCGCAUGCGCAAGUACCCCAACAGGCCCAGCAAGACGCCCCCCCACGAACGCCCCUACGCCUGCCCCGUGGAGUCCUGCGACCGCCGCUUCUCCAGGUCGGAUGAGCUCACCCGCCACAUCCGCAUCCACACGGGCCAGAAGCCCUUCCAGUGUCGGAUCUGCAUGCGCAACUUCAGCCGGAGCGACCACCUCACCACCCACAUCCGCACUCACACGGGGGAGAAGCCCUUCGCCUGUGACAUCUGUGGGAGAAAGUUUGCCAGGAGCGACGAGCGCAAGAGGCACACGAAGAUCCACUUGCGACAGAAGGACAAAAAGGCAGACAAAGGGGCCGUGGCCUCCUCCACGACCUCCUCCCUCUCUUCCUACCCAUCCCCAGUGGCCGCCUCUUACCCGUCCCCUGCUACCUCGUACCCGUCCCCAGCCGCCACUUCCUACCCAUCCCCUGUGCCCUCUUACUCCUCUCCCGGGUCCUCAACCUACCCGUCACCUGUGCACAGUGGCUUCCCGUCGCCCUCGGUGGCCACCACCUACUCAGCUGUCCCCCCAGCCUUCCCAGCCCAAGUCAGCAGCUUCCCAUCCUCAGCUGUUACCAAUUCCUUCAGCGCCUCCACAGGCCUUUCGGACAUGACAGCCACCUUUUCUCCCAGGACAAUUGAAAUCUGCUAAAGAGAAAGUGGGGG